AAUCGAUCUAAUUAGUUUAGCUUUAACCCGGUCAAUAUACAUGCCUCCUCCACAUCAAAGCGUUACUGCCUAGUGAAACUAUGGAAGGGAACCACUAUAAUGAAUGAUGCUGAUUAUAUAUACAAUAAAUGCUUAGGGGUCCAUGAAGUCACUCUUAGCCACCUAUCAAUUAAUGAGGAAGACAAGUAGCUCAACCCCCACAAUCUGUAACCAAAUGGCGAAACAAUCAAAUCCUACAAAACACUUCAUUUAUGCUUUAAAUUUUUACUAUUUUUUGAGAAGCAAUGAACGCUGCAUUUAUGAUUUUAUACGGCGUGAUCGUGUUUGAUAUCUAUACCAGCUUGAAUGCUAGAGCAAUCUACACCGCACUUUAUUUUUUGGUUGAAAGUGGUGCAAGGAAGAAACUGAUGGAGGUGAAGGCAGAAGCAGUAGCAAUGGAGCCAAACAAUGAUGUACUUCUUUCUGAACACAGACUGAAGCAGGAAACAAUAGAAAAAGAAGAGAUUCAAGUGAAAUGCAACGAUACAAUUACUGAACAAGAGAAUUACAAAAUUGAACUAAUGAGAGCUGUUAUUGAAAAGCAAGAUCCUUCUUCCAAGGAAGUAGAUGAAUAUGCAUUAAGAAGGUUUCUUCGAGCUCGAGAUCUUGACGUAGAAAAAGCAUCAACAAUGUUCUUGAAAUACCUUAAAUGGAGGCAAAGCUUUGUACCAAAAGGAUCCAUUUCAGCGUGCGAGAUACCAAACGAGAUAGCACAGAACAAGAUGUUCAUGCAAGGUGUGGACAAACAAGGACGUCCUAUUGCUGUAGUUUUUGGUGGCAGGCAUAUACAAAACAAAAUAGGAGGUGUUGAAGAGUUCAAACGUUUUAUAGUCUUCGCUCUAGACAAACUGUGUGCAAGGACUUCGCCAGGAAGAGAGAAGUUCGUGAUAAUCGGAGAUCUCCAAGGUUUUGGCUAUUCAAGCAGUGAUGUUCGUGCCUAUCUUGCGGCUCUAUCUAUCGUACAGGAUUGCUACCCCGAAAGACUCGGAAAAGUACUUCUUGUUAAUGUUCCCUACUUAUUUUGCACAUUAUGGAAGAUGUUGUGUCCUUUCAUAGACAACAACACCAAGAAAAAGAUCGUAUUUGUGGAAAACAAACGACUGAGAGCAACCUUACUACAAGAUAUCAAUGAAAGCCAGCUUCCAGAGGCUUAUGGAGGCAAAAUGCCAUUAGUUCCUAUACAGGACGCCUAAGCAAGUAAUUGCACUAUGCCUUUAGCUCACUCGAGAAGUUUCAAAUGCUCUCUUCUAAUAGCUAUGAGGAAAAAAAAAAAAGCUAUGAGGAACAAUAUUGCAAAUAUACAUUCUACAUUUAUAUGCAUUACUAAAUAUUCAGCUUCUACAUAAAAAGUAUAUAUUGUUGUUCA